AUGGCGGACACGCAGUCUUGUGGAAUUUCUGGGCAGUCAGAACAAAGCCGCAACACAAAAGACUCUCUCACUACCCACCUGGACGAGCUGUUUGAGGCCUUCUGGGCACGGAUCACGGCCCAACGCGAGGCAGAGCAAUCAAAGCUGCUGGAGAACAGAAGCACGGAGGGCCAACAAGGCAACAUCGACCGGAGUGGGACCAGGCUGCCUUCCGGCAAAGCUGUGAACAAACAGUCCAAGAAUCUCCACACCAGCCCAUCUGGGCCCAGGGCCACCAGAGGAUCAACCCCGGAGCAUCGACCAUGCAGGCGGAGACCCACCUGCUGA